AGAUUAGCCAUCGUGGUUAAGCACAUAUCUGAUGCGAGCGAUAAUCGGCCUAAGCACUGCCCCAAUUCAUUUCCACGGUGUCGCGUCUGAAGUUCUUCCCGAAGCGACCCCAAGAAAAAAUCUUUGUGGGACGAUGCGUGCAGUAUAAGAACCCCUAGAACUCCAUCGCACUCCAGUUUCUUCAGAUCAACGACAACGACAACAACCAUGUCGGCACCUCAGCAGAUCGCAGGGGACCUCGAGGCCGCCCAGCACCAGAAGCAGGACAACUUCCACGUCCGUACCCGCUCCGCAGACUCCCAAACCACCGAUGGAGGCAUCGCCAAGCCCACCGCUGGUGUCGCCAAGAUGGAGGCAAUGACCCACGCAUGGACUCCAUUCUCCCUCUGGUUGGCCUACAUCGGUAUCUUCCUCAUCGCCGUCAUCUACUCCCUCGACCAGAACACCACCUGGAACUACCAAUACUACGCUUACUCCUCUUUCGGUGCGCACUCCCUCAUCACCACCAUCUCCGUCGUAGGACAGAUCAUUGCGCCCGUGGGUAAGCCUGUUAUCGCCAAGAUUGCCGAUGUCUUCGGUCGUCCCCAGGCUUUGGCUUUGUCUGUUUUCUUCUACUGCAUUGGAUACGUCCAGAUCGCUGCGUCCCAGAAUGUCGCGACGUACGCUUCUUCCCAAGUUUUCUACGCGAUUGGAUCCAUGGGAAUCAUGAUCCUCCAGCAGAUUAUCAUCGCUGAUACCUCGAACCUCUUGUGGCGUGCAUUCUUGUCCGUUCUCCCUGAUAUCCCAUUCUUCUGGUCCUGGAAGGCUGGACCGGCGUUGGCUCAGCGUAUGUUGGGUAAUGACUUCCUUAACGGCUGGAGGUGGGGAUAUGGAAUGUUCAUCAUUCUCAUGCCUGUUGUUGCGCUCGUGUUGUUGAUGGCGAUGUUCGUGAACCAGCACAAGGCGAAGAAGAUGGGUCUCGUUCAGACUUCCGGGUUGAAGGAGAAGGGUGUUAAGAGGGCUGCGAAGGACUUGUUUGUCGAGUUGGAUGUUAUCGGCACUUCGCUUUUGACCGGUGGUCUCCUCAUGUUCCUCCUCCCCAUCGUUUUGGCCGCUGGUUCCGCAAACAAGUGGAAGUCCGCAAAGAUUAUCUGCUUGAUUGUCUUCGGUGUCAUCUCCCUCAUCCUCUUCGCGAUCUGGGAAGUCAAGUUCGCCAAGUACCCCAUCUUCCCAGCCUACAUCUUCAAGAACCGUACCAUGCUCGGCGCAAUCGGUAUUGGAUUCUUCUACUUCAUGGCGUACUACGUGCACUGGAACUACCUCUACACCUGGCUCGUCGUCGCUCACUACGAAUCCACCGAUUCCGCCGGAACCAUAUCCAACUCCUUCUCCUUCACCUCCACCGCCGUCGCGUUGUUGUGCGGUCUCGCUAUCCGCUACACCGGUCGCUACAAGUGGUACGGAUUCGCCGGUGUCCCGAUCUACAUCCUCGGUCUCGGCCUCAUGAUCCACUUCCGUGGUCCUCACUCGUCCGAUGCAUUGAUUGUGAUGACUCAAGUCAUCUCUGGUCUCGGUGCUGGUUUCAUUAAUAUUACUGCGCAGUUGGCUGUUCAGGCAUCUGUUACGCACCAACAGGUCGCUGCUGCGACUGCUGUGUACCUCACCUUUGUCUCGAUUGGUGGUGCGAUCGGAUCUGCUAUCGCCGGUGGUAUCUGGACGAACAUGAUUUACGAUCGUUUGUACGAGCACCUCCCCCUUCCUCACAACGAAACCGAGAUCGCGACCAUCGUUGGUUCCGCGUACUCUGCUACCGCAUACCUCCCCGGCUCUGCCAUGCGCGAAGGUAUUAUUGCCGCGUACUCUGAUAUCAUCAAGGCGUUGGCGAUCACUUCCGUAUGUUUGGCUGUCCCGAUUUUGUUCUUCUAUGCGUUCUGUUUGGAGGACUUUGAUUUGAGGGAGAUCACCCGGAGGGCUGAGGAGACUGGCAAGCACGCCAACAGCAGGGAUGCCGACUUUUAUAAAGGAUCAUUAAUAUGUAGAGGCGAGAUCCGAGGGUAGGAAGGAGAGGGUUUGGGGGGAACAUAUUUAGCCAAGAUACCUAUAUCAUCGCUACAAAAGGCCGGAGAGCCACUAAUAUCAUAUCAUAUCAUCCACUAUCUUUGCUCGUUCAAUUGACUUCUCAUCAUAACCGGAGCGAAUGGUGGAAUGGUGGUUACAUAGACGCUUCUCAAGGCGCGUGCAGCUGGCGCACCCCGCAGUUCGCUUCGGUCGUAAUUCGGUCAGCGC